ACACCCCCCCCCCCCCCCCCAAAAAAAAAAAAUAAAAAAAUUAUAAGUUCCAAGAUCUCUUUCUCUUUCUAUUAGUCAUAUGGGUUUCUAAUGUUUAUUAUAUGUAUAGAAGCCAAAUUUGAAUUCCAUAUAACUUUCCUCUUUCUUCUGCUUCUGAUCCAAUGACGGAAUUAGAUCACAAAAACAUUAAUGAAUUUGAUGACGCAGAAGAUGCAGAUGAAGCACUUUCUCUCUCAGAACUUCCACUCAACGAAGACAACGAGCUGAGUAGUGAAGAAGCCCAAGAAAUCAUCACGUGCAGGCCGCAAAACCGUCGUUCAUCAUCGGAGACACCGGAGUUCUUCGAGUUCUUCAGCGAUGUCAGUUCCGACAGCAUCAUGUGUUCCGCCGAAGACAUUAUCUACUGCGGCAAACUCGUACCUUUCAAUCAACAACAACAACAACAACAACACUCGCUUCUCAUCAACAGCAGUACUGUCAAAGUGGAAGAUAAGAAACAUAUCACAGCUUUUCGACGACGGUCGGAAUCCUUGUCCCAGAUUGAAAGCUCAUCCGUGACACGUUCUGACAGUACCAAGACCAAGCUCAUGAUGAGGAACAGCCGCUCUCUCGAUUAUCGGAAACUUCACCGACCUUCCAUGGUGUCGCCGGACCACCCGGAGAUGGAGAGGAAUUCAUCGGUGAAGAGUGUUGGAAAAUCCGAUUUUUCAAUUAAAAAGGUAAUAAAACCAAGGUGGUGUUUUCUAAUGUUCGGAAUUGCCAAAGUUCCGGCUGAAAUGGAUCUCAGCGAUAUCAAAAGCAGGCAAUUCAGGCGGAACCACCCUUCGACGCUAUUUCCUCCGGUAGAAAAUCCAUCGGUGAGUAGAAGCUCCUCCGGUGGUGGUAAAGCAUCAUGGAAAUUGCUCAAGGCAUUGAGCUGCAAAGACCAUGCAAGUGUUGCUGUAACGGCGUCGCUUUGUGCUCCUCAAGCAUGAUUGACGCAGUCUAUCAGGCAUGGUACAAGUGCAACCUUUUAUUAUUUUUUUUUUGUGUGUGGACGAAACUACCCAAGACUAGUAAUGCUACGCGCCAUUUGUUUGGUUUGGGAAUAUUUGGAUAUUUCUUGAUUAUUUGUGAGAAAUUGGGGUUUGCCAUAUAUUGGGGGGUUUAUGGUAAUUUAAACCAAAAACAGACCCAAAAAAAAAAAAAAAAAAAAAAAGGAAAAGAAAUUAUGACUUUGCGUAGAAGUAAAGAUUGUGUACAGCGGACAGAAGAUGAGCUUGGUGGUGGUGGUGGUGGAAUGGUGACGAUUCAUUUGAUUGAUUGCGGCCUCUCUCACUCUUAGUUAUUGAGAAUGAAGGUCUUGUUGUUUUGUUAGGUGAACUUAGAAUUCAAUGAAAAUCACGAGAAACUGGAGAGAGUGACAUCAAAAUCAUGCUGUUUUUGUUUUUGAUUUGGUUCUUUCUACUUUUAAUUUAUUAUCUGUUUCUGUUUUUAUGUUCUUUUCUUGGAAGUUGGUGGAUAUAUAUGUAAAUAUAAAAUAUUCAUAGUUUCUCAAAUACAAACAAUAAAUUCAUAUUGGACUAA